AUGAACUCAAAGUGUCGCCCAGGCCCGUCCUCGCUUCCAACUAACAGCAGCAAUAUUUUGCAGGAUUUCGUGCUACUUGAGAAGAAACAAAAGGCUAAGGAAGAGGCGGUUCAGGAUUUGAAUCAUGCGCUAUUGGAGGAGACACUGAUGAGAUUAAGGGAUAAGGCACAGCAGCUUCAGAAUGAUAAAUGGAUGUAUCAGGAUAUUUAG